CAACGUGCUGUUGCUGUUGAUGGCAUUCGACGAUACGUCAUAUACAUUAUUAAAAUAUUAAGAGAGUUAUAAGAAUUACUUCAUUUCUUCAAUACGUGAAGGAAAUGGUUAUUUAUAAAGAAUUCCAAGCAGUGGUGCUCGCAGGAGGAGGAGGCUCCCGCAUGACAGAGCUCACCCAUGGCAAACAUAAAUGCUUAUUGCCCAUAGGCAACGUACCCAUGGUUUGGUACCCCCUUCAGUUAUUAGAACGUGCUGGCUUCAAGGAAGCCAUAGUCAUCGUAUCAGCUAACAUGGAGACCAACGUGUCGUUGGCUCUAAGCAAUUUGAAUCUUAAAAUCAAAGCAGAUAUUGUUCCUAUAGAGGAUGCAGAAGAUCUGGGAACGGCUGACUCUGUGAGGCUGAUUCAUGAAAAGAUUCAUACAGAUUUCAUAGUAAUCUCUUGUGACCUGAUCACUAAUAUAGAUAUACAUGAGAUUUUGAAUAUGUACAGAAAGCAUAAUGCCAGUAUCACUGCAUUGAUGCUUCCUGUACCCAAAGUACCUGACGAGUUCGUAACGCCAGGUCCAAAGAAUAAACAGAAGCCUGAGACUGAUUUAAUUGGAAUCAGCAAUGAAACUGGCCGCCUGAUUUUCCUAGCGUCUGCCUCGGACUUCGAAGAAACGAUUAAAAUUUCGCAAACGUUGCUUAAAAAACAUCCAAGCUUCACGAUCCAUUCGAAAUUGAUGGACACUCAUUUGUACGUGAUUAACAAAUGGGUGCUGGAUUUCUUGGUGCACAAUAAAAACUUUACUACGCUGAAGGGCGAGCUCCUUCCGUACAUCGUUAGGAAACAACUUUCUAAACCACCUAAACAAUACCUGGACGACAAGAACACCUCUGUUGUACGGUUGAAUGUAAAGGACGAUAUUUAUCAUUUUGCUAUGGAGAAACCAUUGGAUGAAUUGAUCAGAAAAAUGUCUGCGUUCAAUGAUCAUGAUACCGAUUUGGAGGACGCUUAUCAUGGGGAUGUGAUUAGGUGUUACGCUUAUAUUGGUACUGGGAAAUUCGGCUUGAGGGCGAAUACUAUACAGAUGUAUCACCUUGCUAACACUAAGAUAUCAGAAUGGUGGGGCAAUGAGGAACAGACGAUACCAAACAUAGCAUCUAAUGCGACAGUGCGUAGUACGCAAAUGCAAGAUUGUCGCGUGGGCAAUAAUGCACUCGUCGAUGAAAAGACGUCGCUUAAACAAAGCCACAUCGGUCCAAAUUCAGUCGUCGAGCCUAAGAGCAGAGUAUCACAGAGCGUUAUUAUGGAGAACGUGACGAUUAAACAAAAAUGUGUAAUACAGAAUUGCAUACUAUGCAACGGCUGUGUGAUCGAAGAAGGUACUGAGUUAAAAGACUGCCUGGUGGGUCCUCAGCAUAUCGUAACAUCUGGAAGCCAACAUUCUCGCGAGGUUCUUACUGAUCCCGAUAAAUUGAUAGAAAUUUAAUGAUAAUUAAAUAAGAACUC